AUGCAGCGGAUAGACGACAUUAGCUGGCUCGGUUUGGGCCUCAGCGAAAGUAAGAAGUUUACUCUUUUGGAUUAUGGCCGCUUAGAUCGUGUGAUUACCGAAAUGGGCGAUCCCGCGAAUCAGUAUCCAACAUUAUGCGUAUACAUGGGCGGCAGAUCCAAAGAUGCUUGUCUUCGGCGGCUGUAUCCAAAUAACAACAUAAAACGGCAUGCCUCAACCGCUGAGAUUAAACUACGCUAUGAUAUUGAUUCCUUAAAUACCACGCGGCCGGUGCUGUUCACGGACGGAGACCUGAAAUGCAUGCCAUCCGCCUACCCCUCUACGAAUGGCCGACCUAAGUUGGAACGCUCGAUCUCAUGGGAUACAUCAUCUGCAGAGAAAGCCCUGUAUAUUAUCUGGGCCCGCUUGGUUUUUCUUUUCGCUGAUGUAAUCUGUGUGUUUGCUAACGACUUUGGUGAUCUUCUUGAUGUGGCUGGCUUUUUGCUAGAAUGUCUUAGCCUGCAAGCACCAUCAUCAUUACCAUCCGCCGUUCGGCCGCGGGUAAUCAUAGUGCUGGAGGCCCGCUUGGAUGGGGAACAAGAGGAUAUACAGAAUGUGGAGCAUUUUUACUGCAAGUUACACAAGGAAGGUCCCAACCUGAGAGAGUACUUUUCGGCGGUCCAUCUGAUCCGUCUGGAAAGCAGUCAUCUGUCGGAGAAUGCUCGGUAUGAGCGGCUGAGGGCAUUAAUUAUGGGCCAGUUGGAUGACAUGUGCACUGUUCGUGAAGACCACAGAGCUUUAUUCAGUGCAACCCACCUCGGAGCGCUCUUCCGUUUGGCGUUUCAGCACACAGCAGAAGGUAUCUGCCGACCCUUUGAUUUUGUGAAGGCAACUAGAGCACAGGAUGAGGUCCCCUCAACGCUGAGCAGGAGCCUGGCACACUACCUAGAGAUAGGAGCGAAGGCGGGGCUCCGGUACGAGGAGCUCGCCACCUCCAUCUCAUCGGCUCUCUUGAUGGACCAUUACAUCCCAGGGAUGCUAGCGCUAGAGCCUCGGGCUGUCUUCCAGACGCUGUAUCGUCCUGCUGUCCGAGACGCGCUCCACAUUCUCGGGUGGUAUCAACCAGGUAAAACUAUCGAGGAGCUGGUAGGUGUUGUUGAGUGCCGGUUGGUGGACCAAUUUGAACUGCUUGACCGUACGGGUCAAUCAUCCUUAGAGUUUCGGCGCGAGCAGCUAAGGGCCUCCAGUGGACGGAUCUGUCAGAUAAGAUCUAAUAAGAUUUGUCUUGUGUGCCUUUUCCGGGUUGCGCAGCAUCGCCUGGAUUGUGGUCACACACUCUGCGAUCUUUGUGCUCAAUUAUUUGGUACUCCCGCACCAGAUAUUGAGUAUAAUUUCACAAUCGACGCCUGCCUUUGUUGCCUUUACCAAAGACCGCUUGUAAUAGAUGUCUUACCCCCAACAAUGAAUCCUACAGUUCUUGCUAUUGACGGUGGUGGAGUCCGAGGGGUUAUUCCCUUGGAGUUUCUGAUCCUUGUCCAGGAGAGUCUCGGUUGUUGCCCUCUGCAAGACCUUAUUGACCUCGCGGUUGGAACAAGUUCGGGUAUGUGCAGGAGUAAACUGGAAUACCCUCUCUUUGUUUCUGUUUUUUCAGUUCGCUUUUUAGCAUCUCAAUAUUUUGUUUAGUUAUUGCAUCCACCUUUGACCGCGAACGUGCCAAUUCAUCACUAAUGCAAUAUAGGAGGCCUCAGCAUACUAGGCCUAUUCAAUAUGCAGUGGGGUGUCAAGAAGUGUGCAGAUGUCUUUGACCGUAUGGCACGUCGUAUAUUUCAUGAAAGACGCAGUUCGACACUAGCCCGUGCAUCGCAAGC